AUGAAGGUUUCAAUUUGGUGUAUUUACCAAGAAACCGGCUUCCUAUUCUCUGGAUUACUUAGGCUAAAAUUACUGUCUAGCAAUAAGAUCGAUCACCUUCCACCAAACAUAUUUCAGAGAACUCUCGUAGUAGGGAGCCUUGAUUUGUCCUUCAACAAAUUGCAGUCAUUACCAGAUGAAAUAUUUAAUAGGCUCGAUCAGUUAAACAUUCUGGUGCUAACCUUCAACAACAUCACUCACAUUAACAAACGCACGUUCAGUGGACUUGCCAGUUUGACCACACUACUGCUUAUCAGAAACAACCUUACAUUUAUUGCCAAAGACGUUUUUUAUGAAACUCCCCGCCUGAAAUCAUUGUUUCUUCACAGUAAUGCAAUUACAUACAUUGAAAAGAAGACUUUUGACAGGCUCGACCUGAAGCAGUUAACCAUCUUUGAUAAUCCUUUAAACUCAUUACCAGAUGGAAUGUUCGACGAAAUGGCAAAUCAUACCAAAGUGGCAUUGACGUGUAAAAAUCUUCGUAUGCUGCCUGUAGGAAAAUAUAGGUGUCAAAUUGAGUGUACCCCCCCGACAUCUCUGCACGUCAUUCUGGACAGUUACCAAAGUGGCUUUCGUUUAUGCUUUACACGCUCAGGUUUUGUGUGCCAUGACUGUGGAUCCCACAAAAAACACAGUCUUAAACGCCCAUGCGCAAAUUGCAGCCUAUGUCCAGUUGGUACCUACAUGUCUACCGAUGAAAAUUACUGUCUACAGUGUCCUGCUGGAGGUUUUUAUCAGGAUGAAAUGGGACAAGUUUAUUGUAAAAGAUGCAGCAUUGGAACAUUUGUUUCUGAGCAGCAAAGUCCUGGAACCAAAGCUGCCGACUGCGUGGCUUGUCCAUACGGUACGAUCUCCAACGAGACUGCUGAAUAUCGUGCAUGCAGAUGCCUACACAACUUCUAUCGGUUGGAUCGUUUUGGCCCGUGUACAGCAUGUCCGCCAAACGGUUUUGUUUGUGAGAAAGAUACAGCAAUACUUGCUACUAAUUACUUCUGGAAAUGGACAGAUCAUUCUGAAAAAGAACAUUUCAAGGGUUUUGUUAACAACAUUCAUUCUUUUGGACCACACUACAACCAUUCAUAUUCCACGUUCGAUGGUUCACUCCCGAAGCCACUGAACUGUCCCCAUGCAAAGUCCUGCAAGGGUGGAAUUGAUUCAGAAUGCCAUCAAGGAUAUCAAGGGACUCUGUGUGCAACCUGCUCUGAAAGCUUCUAUUUUCGCUUCAACUCUUGUUUGAAAUGUCCCCGGUUAGCUACAACAAUAACGUCAUCCAUCUUGGUAAUUGUUCUUUUUGUUGCUGUGUUUAUAAUGGUUUUUUGGGGUGACUCCAAACGUGCAGACAAUGACCGGACAGUUGCAGAUGUCAUCAUGUCGUGCUUUAAGAUUGUGAUUGGUUUUUACCAAGUCAUUGCCGGUAUUUUCUCGGCAUUGGCGAAAGUCCAAUGGCCAGUCGUUUUGAUCUCAACGGAGAAGGUUCUUAAAGUACUUGAAGGGAACAUCUUGCAGUUUGCUCCUCUAAGUUGCAUUCAUACUUCCCUACGGCUUGAUGAAUUUGGAAAGUUCACGAUGAUUGUUGUCAUGAAUGUCUCACUCGUUGGCUUGAUUUUCUUGUAUCUAUUUCUUAAAAAACGCUGCAUCAUGAAAAAGGAGGACCUUGGUGUAGACCAGAAAGUAAUGGAAGUUAAGAGUUUGAAGAAAUCUUGCUAUCGGAACAUUUUCCUAUUGCUGUUGACGACCUACCCCACGACAAGCAAAUCGAUAGUUCAGAUUAUUCCUCUUCCCGGUGCGUGUGUAGAAACGUGUUUCGCAGACGACAAGAGCGACUGUAUCUUCCUGCUGAGAGCUGACUACUCCAUCCAGUGUUUCACUCCUCGCCACAGCUUGUAUUGGCUCAUGGCCUCUAUUCUGGCAUUAUAUCCAGUAGGAUUUCCACUUUUGGCUUUGUUUCUUACUUACAAAUAUCGUGAGUCCCAGAAAAACGAAGAAGUCUCGUUCGGACUCAGUGUGUUCUUUGAAAACUACAAGAGAGAAUUUUGGUUUUGGGAGGUCAUAGAGAUGUACCGGAAGCUGAUAUUGAUCUCGUUGAUUUUCCUAUUUGGAUCCAAAAGCCAUCUCCAAAUCGGCCUUACUGUUCUAACAGUCAGUGUCUUUGGAGUGAUCUACACCUUAUGCCGACCAAUCAAGAACAAGUUUGAAGAUUACUUACAAACAUUUGUCCUGUGGAUCAUUUUCUUUGACGUUUGUCUUGGUGCAUUUUACAUAGACUGGGAUGAGAGUCAAGGAGAGGGCAAGAACGACUCCAUCUUUGUAAAUAUCCUGUUCCUGGUCCUUAACGCCUCUGUAUUGUUGCUUGCCAUUAGAAAAGGAAUUUUACAUAUGAAGUCAACUUGGAAGUACAUUAUUUUCAACCCGAUCCGAUGUUUUGGCUUCCUUCGCCAAGGAGUAUCACGUCUCAAAAAGAGAGUGGUCACAGGAACGGAAACAUCCGAUGAACUUUCACGCCUCAUUCAAGACAGGAAUUGAAGAAAUCACCGAAGUAUUUGCCUUUAAAAUAUUUUACUAUGCCUCAUGAACUAUCUCACUCUAGAUGGCUAAAUACUUAGAGCUUUUGUUGAAUUAUCUCUGGCCAUUGUGAGACUUCUGAAUGACAUUUCAUUGCAACUAAAGGCACUAGCGACUCCCAAAAAAAGACUGUGUUCUUCAAAACGCUAUGCGUAAUGUUUUUAAGACUUUAAUUUAAAUUGAGGUAGUAAACGUUUUAAGUUAUAUUAAGUCCAGUAUGGCUAAGACUACCAGCACGGGAAUGACGACGCAGAUGGCGAGGAGAUAAUGUGUUGGUGGUAGCUUUAAGGAGGACAGCUAUUGAGAGAGAUUUUAGUCUAGGCAAGGUGUUUUUGUUUCAUCGACGGAGUUUAUAUGAUAUGGUGAUAUAUACCAUUGAUGGAGUUAUUUUGGUAUCUACGCAGAUAUUAAAAACGUCAGCUAGCUAGAAUUAAUAGCGGAGUGGAUCUGUGAUAUUGCUUAACAAUAUGUUUUCGUUCAAUAUGUUCACAGUAAGCCUAAAAUGUUUAUAGUGACAACGAUUUUAUCUUCAUGUAUAUUAAAGUAAAUGGUUUGAACCCAGGAGUAUCAGUAGUUCGUGUAGUGUGAUCGUCUGGGUGAGUGUAGUUCUGAAAAGAACUGUUGUUGGUGACUGACGUUUCCACUAUCUGUGCGGUAGUCAU